CGCUCCCGGUGAAGGACGCGCGCCCUAAUAAAGCUGCCUUCAACAUGCUCGCCGCAACAUAUUACAAGAGGAGAAAUUGCUAAUUACCUUUUCGUUUUCACGGAUGCUGAUGUCCUCUGGCACCCCCUUUCUGUGCCUUUUAUAGUGCACCAUGGGAAAUCUCCGUCCAUUAUUUCUUCUGUUCCUUCCGGUGCUGACAUCUCAGGUGUGUCCCGGUGAGGAGAUGAUAGAAACAACAGUGAUGUUAGAGGAAGAAGUUACUGAAAUCCCAUUAUACGCUACGACCAUCAGGAUGGCUACUGGGCAGAUCCUGGCAGCACAGUUUGAGUGUUACCUCAAAAUCCUGCAUGACCCGCCACACACAGAAGCAGGGCCCUACUGCAAUCGCACGUGGGAUGGCUGGCUAUGUUGGGGAGACUCAUCACCAGGGACCGCCAUGCAGCACUGCCCAUCUUACUUCCACGACUUCGACCCCACUGAGAAAGUGACCAAAGUGUGUAACCCGGAUGGCCAGUGGUUCCGACACCCAGACAGCAACCGACUGUGGUCUAACUACACCCUGUGCUCCAUGUAUUUUGAACAGAAACUCAAACUUGCAAUUACCAUGUCCUAUCUGGCUGUGGUGGGUCAUACUCUCUCUGUGGUCUCCCUAGUCAUAUCCAUGUUCAUCUUCUCCUAUUUCAAAUGUCUAAGCUGCCAGAGGAUCUCUCUCCACAAGAACAUGUUUAUGUCAUUUAUCCUGAACUCCAUACUUAUGGUGAUCUGGUUUAACAUUAUCAACAAGAGCACAGUGAGCGACUCGAUUGUCUGCAAGAUCUUUUUAAGUUUGAUUCUUUACACACACUGUUCAAACUACUUCUGGAUGUUGUGCGAAGGAAUCUACCUGCAUACUCUCAUCAUCGUGGCCAUGUUCAUGGGAGAGCAGCACCUGGGAUGGUACUACCUGCUGGGCUGGGGUUUUCCCGUUAUUCCAACUGUGAUCCAUGCCAUAGCUCGCCUGGUCUUCUACGAUGACAAUUGCUGGAUAGACAACACAAGCCUCCUCUAUAUCGUCCACGGCCCCAUCCAGGUUGCCCUGGUGGUGAACCUGUUCUUCCUGAUGAACAUAGUGCGAGUACUGAUCACUAAGCUACGGGUCACGCACAAGACGGAGUCCAGGGUCUACAUGAAGGCCGUGCGCGCCACCCUCAUCCUGGUGCCUCUGAUGGGGAUCCAUUUCAUCCUGGUCCCACUGCAGCCUGAGGGCAAACUGGCCCUGGCCAUCUACGAGUUCCUCAUGCACAUUUUCACGCAUUUUCAGGGACUCCUGGUCGCCUUUGUCUUCUGUUUCAACAAUGGCGAGGUCCAGUCAGUUGUCAGGCGCAGGUCUUCCCAGUACAAGGCUCAGUGGCGACGUCAUCGCCGGGUGACAGCCGAGUCUCACAGCAACUACCACACCAACUCGUCGUUCACAGAGACCAGUCGGGUCACAGUCAGCCUCGAGCAGGCGCCGUUUUGCUCGGAGGACGAGAAAUCGCAAGCAGCCAUGCACUCACUCAACAGACAGAGCAACGGGAAGCACAGUUACAGCAGCUGCAAAGAGACACUGAACGUAGAUUCAUCCGUCAUAUAAAAGAGAACCUCCUUUUUCACCCUGGCAGACGACAUGCCCAAACAAUGUAAAAUGUGAAUAGAACGUGUUGGCGUCAGCAUGUUAAACGUACUAGACACUUGCAUUGUUUUGGCGGCACGUUCCUUUAAAUGGCACCCCUUUAAUAGCUGGUUUCAGUGUUGUAAGCCUAAUUUUUAAAAAAUGCAUGAAUGACAAACUCAGUUUGGGCAACAGUGCCUCAACAGAAGACACGUUUAGAGAGAGUACAGAUAGAAACAUCAGUCCUAAAAUACACUAAACAAGGCGCUGGCUGGUUAUUAAGUCACUAUUUCAUAAUAUGGGCCAGGAGCACGUGUGCUCACAUGUCCCACAACACAGCCUUUCUCUGUUUACACAAUCAUACCUACAAACCAUGUUUAUACCCAAGCAUGGUCCGAAAUUCAAGGUUGCUGCACCAUUUGACUGGAUGGUCUAUAUUAACAAGGUUAAAUAGUCAUAUGAGAAGAUGCUUGCUGUGUUUUAAAGAGGCAGAAGUUUUUUUGGCCUGUCUCAUUUUCAACAGCAGCAAGACAUUACAAAUAUUAAACAGUAGGUGGGCUGUACUAUCAAAUAUAUCACAAUGACCAGAAUAAUCUGUGAGGCUUUAUUUUUUGCUAUUAAAAACAGUUUCUCAUUAUGCCAUGCUAUGCUUAAGCAGCUUUCUAUGACUCUCAAACACCAAAGCGAGAUUUCCAUAGAUUUUCACCAAAUGUAUAUGUGCUGACUGAAUUCUUCUGUUGGAUACAGUCAUAUAGAAAAAAAAAUUUGAAACAUGUUUUAAUAAGGUGUUGCCUUCACAAGCACUACAAUAAAAAAUGUAAUUAUUUUUAAAAUAUGUUUGUAAACACUUUUGCUGUAAAUAGGAAUUUGUACAAGCACUUAUUUUUCACUGACUACCUACUCCCAUUGCUCCUAAUGGCUUUUUUUCCUCUGUGCUUGAUAUUGUGGUGAGUUACAAAAAUAUGUUUGCAUGCAUGUGGAUAUUGGUGAAAUUAGGUGACAAAAACAUUCCUUUCAAUCUGCCAAACAUUUGGGGAUUAACUGUAAUCUCUUUUGUUUAUGUGAUGGAUGCUAGUGUUGUAAAGUGCGCAAUAAACGUUAUGGACAUUUGAAACUA